AUGGCUGAAGCUCCCAUUGUCCUCGAUGGCGGUACGGGUUUCCUCAAGGCGGGUUACGCCGGGCAGAACUUCCCCGACCACCAGUUUCCCUCAAUAGUCGGCCGACCUAUCCUACGAACCGAAGAGCGAGAUGGCGGUGACAUCCAGCUCAAGGACAUAAUGUGCGGUGACGAGGCAGCGGCAGCGCGCUCAAUGCUUCAGAUCACGUACCCUAUGGAAAAUGGCAUCGUCAAGCGCUGGGAUGACAUGCAACACGUCUGGGACUACACCUUCUACGACAAGAUGAACCUUGACCCUACCGGCCGCAAGAUCCUCCUCACCGAACCGCCCAUGAACCCGCUCAAGAACCGCGAAACCAUGUGUGAAGUCAUGUUUGAGCGCUACGGCUUUGGGGGUGUAUACGUGGCAAUCCAGGCCGUUCUAGCUCUAUACGCCCAAGGAUUGUCGUCCGGCGUGGUAGUCGACUCAGGAGAUGGUGUCACGCAUAUUGUCCCCGUAUACGAGAGCACCGUCCUCAAUCAUCUCACACGUCGUCUCGAUGUUGCCGGACGCGACGUGACCCGCAACCUCAUCGCUCUUCUGCUGCGGAGAGGUUACGCCCUCAACCGAACUGCCGACUUCGAGACCGUCCGUCAGAUCAAGGAGAAGCUUUGCUAUGUCUCAUACGACCUUGAGCUGGACCAGCGCCUUAGCGAAGACACGACCGUCUUGGUAGAGUCCUACACCCUACCAGAUGGUCGGGUCAUCCGGGUGGGCAGUGAGCGCUUUGAGGCUCCCGAAUGUCUGUUCCAGCCGCAUCUUGUGGACGUCGAGCAGCCCGGUAUCGCCGAGUUCCUAUUCAACACGAUCCAAGCUGCCGAUGUUGAUGUCAGGAGCAGUCUCUACAAGGCUAUUGUGCUCAGCGGUGGUAGCAGCAUGUACCCAGGUCUUCCCAGUCGGCUUGAGAAGGAGCUCAAGCAGCUAUGGCUCACCAAGGUUCUGGGCGGAAACCCGGAGCGACUCAACAAAUUCAAGGUCCGCAUCGAAGAUCCGCCACGGCGAAGGCACAUGGUUUUCCUCGGUGGAGCUGUGCUCGCGAACAUCAUGGCCGACAAAGAGAACAUGUGGAUAUCAAAGGCCGAGUGGGAGGAACAAGGCGCGAGGGCGUUGGAGAAGCUGGGCGCGAGAUGA